GUCCAUGAUGUUACCUACUGUGCUCCUUUUGAUGCUGAUUAUCAGUCGAACACAAUGCUCUCAUUAUCGCGGCACUAUGAUGACCUACUACCCACAGAAAACAUUUUCAAAUGGAUCAGUCUCUGUGAUCCUUCGCUUUAAGUUUAACUAUCGAGCCUGUGAAGUUUCUUCAUAUUCUUGCACUGGAAACUGUGGUGCUGAAAGCACAAUUGUUACAGAUGCAAAGAUUGAGGAAGUCAGUGGUAUCUGGUGCCAGAGUGAAAAAAUCACAUCUCGGCUGCUUCCCAACAACUCUCCAUCUCAGCUUGUAUUCAGCGGUGGUGGCUGGUUUGAUACUCUAAAUAACAUUUACUCCUGGAGAGCUGUAACUAGCGUUGAGUUGAGACACCGAUCUGACACCAAAAAAAUCAACGUACCACCACAAACCACCAUCUUUCCGGCCCUGAGGGUUCCUUCAAACUGUAACGUCAAUAUUAAUCUGUUGGCCUUUGACCCCGAUGAAGACGAGGUCCGAUGUAGAAAUGCUAUCCUUUCCCUGAAUGAAUGUGCUUCACCUUGCACACCUCCACCUGUUCUCAGCCUCUCCUCUAAUUGUACGCUGUCAUUCAGUGCCACCGCAAGCAGUAAUCAAGGUUGGUAUGUAGCCCAGAUGGUGAUGGAGGACUUCCCCAGGCAGUCAAUCAACCUUACUCAUAAUGACGGAUCCUACGUUUUGAAAACUACAAGCGAUGCAAUCAGCCAGAUACCAAUGCACUUUGCUCUUUUAGUUGAUCCUGCAGCACCAUCCUGCUCAGAAGGUAAUUAUCUGCCCAGAUAUCUCUCUCCAACUCCAGAACAUGGAACUCUGUUCUACAGUGACGUCAAUCAGACUUUGGAGAUCAACAUCAGAGCAGUUGCAACACAUUCUAUGAUCUCUGAGCUCCUGUACAGCGGGCCGUCCAGUGUGGUCAAGAAGUCCUCAGGUUCAGGAAACUUCUCUCUUACAUGGACACCUUCUGUAGUAGAUGCUGGACAGAGCCACCCCAUCUGUUUUGUUGUACAGGGAAGUUCCAGCAACUCUGUGUAUCAGUCUGAGCUUCGAUGCAUCGUUGUGAUAGUUGGAAGCCUUCCAGAACCAAAGCCAAAAUUUGUUAAUGUUCUGAAACUGAAGAUCUCCACUACACUUUCACUGAAGGAUGAUCGGGACAUCAUUGAAAAUCUGAUUACAGAAGAACUAAUUAGACGCGGUUUUCCACCAGGCAUAACUGUAUGCCUGCUGAACAAUGGCUCAUUGGAAGUAAAAGGAUAGCUAGCCCCUAGUGGCCACUCAUUAAAAUUUAUUUAAUAUUUGCUAGGACUGAUUAAAUGGAGAAGGGGCCCACUGCAUCUUCAGAUCUCCAAAAAUGUUUUUGACAAAAAUCGUUAUUGUAAAUAGACUUUAUGCAACUAAUGUCCAUUUCUAUAUAUUUAAAAGACAUGAGAAAAUCUGUAAAUUCAUGAGUAGACUUUAACAGUCUACUUAUUGUUCAUAGACUUUUGAGCAACUGCUUAAUCUUAUCAGUUUCUAGAGCUCUCUGUAAAGAAAUGUUUGAUCUGUUUUUUAAUUGAAUUUGUACUUGCUGUGUUAUUUUCACUGGUUCCUGAAUAAUGGAGAAGAAUGAAGUGGCAUACGAAGCCAGAGCUUUUAGUUUGCCAAUGUUUGUCAUUUUAAGGAACAAACUUUAUAUGUAUGAAAAUUGUUAAAGCACGUAAAACUUAAAUUGCUUUAAAUCAAGAUUUGGUUAGAGUGGUAUUAGAAUGUGUUAUCUUAACACAAUUAAAUAAA